GGGGUGUUGACGGCGCCGCGAUGGCUGCCCGCGGGUGUCGGACGCGCGAAGCCCCGGGCCCCUCUCAGAGCCCGGCCUCCUGACGCCGCCAGUGGGCGGGGCCGCCCGGGCCGCCUCCGCCGCUGUCAUGUACCCGCCGCCGCCGCCCCCGCCGCCGGCGCCGCGUCGGGAUUUCGUCUCGGUGACGCUGAGCGCCGGCCAGACCUACGACGGCAGCAAAAGCUGGCGGCGGCGCUCGUGCUGGAGGAAGUGGAAGCAGCUGUCGAGAUUGCAGCGGAACGUGAUCCUCUUCCUGCUCACGUUCCUGAUGCUCUGCGGGCUCCUGUCCUACGCCAGCGUGGCUGACCAGUGGCGAGCGGGGAGCGGCCGGUCCGCGGAAGAGCGGAAGAGGAGACCAGCGGACCCGCCCGUCCUGCCAGCUCCUCGGAAAGCAGAGGACGUCCCGCGCCUCUUACCGCAGAAGCCUCAAAGGCAUUUCCGACGGGGACCUCCCAACCUGCAGAUUCGAGCCCCCAGUAAAGGCUCCGAGGACAGGAGGCAGGACGACACCAAGUGGAGGGACGAGGCAGUGGGUGACGCUCGUCGGGAAGGAAACACACGGAGAACGGUGGUCAGCUGGCGGGGAGCGGUGAUUGAGCCGCAGUCGGGCACCAAACUUCCUACGAGGAAGGCGGAGGCGCCCCCCAGACCUUCCUCACAGGCCCCCAGGAUUCAGAACCAGGCAGCCUCCCCGAACGAGCGCCAGAGGGCCGUGAUCGACGCCUUCCGCCACGCGUGGGCCGGAUACCGCAAGUUUGCCUGGGGCCACGACGAGCUGAAACCUGUGUCCAGGUCCUUCAGCGAGUGGUUUGGCCUGGGCCUGACGCUGAUUGACGCCCUGGACACCAUGUGGAUUUUGGGCCUGAAAAAAGAGUUUGAAGAGGCCAGGAAGUGGGUGUCUAAGAAGCUGCGGUUCCAGAAGGACGUGGACGUCAACCUGUUUGAGAGCACGAUCCGCAUCCUGGGCGGGCUUCUGAGCGCCUACCACCUGUCCGGGGACGACCUCUUCCUGAAGAAGGCUGAGGAUUUUGGGAAUCGGCUCAUGCCUGCGUUCCGGACGCCCUCCAAGAUCCCGUACUCCGACGUGAACAUCGGCACGGGGGCCGCCCACCCGCCCCGCUGGACCUCGGACAGCACGGUGGCCGAGGUCACGAGCAUUCAGCUGGAGUUCCGGGAGCUCUCGCGCCUCACGGGCAAUAAGAAGUUUCAGGAGGCCGCGGAGGAGGUGACGCGGCGCGUGCACUCGCUGCCCGGCAAGAAGGACGGGCUGGUGCCCAUGUUCAUCAACACGCACAGUGGCCUCUUCACGCACAUGGGCGUGUUCACCCUGGGCGCCCGGGCUGACAGCUACUACGAGUACCUGCUGAAGCAGUGGGUCCAGGGCGGAAAGAAGGAGACCCAGUUACUGGAAGACUACCUGGAAGCUAUCGACGGGAUCCGAAGGCACCUGCUGCGCAGGUCUGAGCCCGGGAAGCUCGCCUUCGUUGGGGAGCUCGCCCACGGCCGGUUCAGCGCCAAGAUGGACCACCUGGUGUGCUUCCUGCCAGGGACUCUGGCUCUGGGCGCCCACCACGGCCUGCCCGCUGACCACAUGGAGCUGGCCCGGGCGCUCAUGGACACCUGCUACCAGAUGAACCGCCAGAUGGAGACCGGGCUGAGCCCCGAAAUCGUGCACUUUAACCUGUACCCCCAGAACGACCGCAAGGACGUGCAGGUCAAGCCGGCCGACAGGCACAACCUGCUGCGGCCCGAGACGGUGGAGAGUCUGUUCUACCUGCACCGCCUCACGGGGGACCCCAAGUACCAGGACUGGGGCUGGGAGAUCCUGCGGAGCUUCAACACGUACACACGGGUGCCCUCGGGCGGCUACUCCUCUAUCAGCAACGUCCAGGAUCCCCUCAACCCCCGGCCCAGGGACAAGAUGGAGAGCUUCUUUCUGGGGGAGACGCUUAAGUACCUGUAUCUGCUCUUCUCGGACGACCCGAGCCUGCUCAGCUUGGACGCCUACGUGUUCAACACCGAGGCCCACCCCUUGCCCAUCUGGGCCCCGCCGGGCGGGGCGUGA